AUGGGCUGUAAUCCCACUCUCGACUACGAAGAAGCAGACCUAGACACACUUGAACCUGGCCCUUGCACCCUCACCCUCAUGGGCCGUGUCGUCUACUUCAACGACCAGUCCAAACCCAGCAAAUCACAUAAAGCAGCUCAAGGUUGCAUCAAGAUCCUACUUGCAGACGACACCGGGGCACUCACCGUCCGCCUUUGGUAUAGUAAUACCCAGUACAAGCUCAAGCUCGGCCAGCUGCUCAGUGUUUGGACGGUACACAUCUCCAACUCUUCAGAGUACAAUUCAUUAGCACCAAAUACAGCGCCGCUAUUCACUACGAUAUUCCCCGAAGGCGAGAGGCACUGUCAUGUCAUGUUGCAUGAGAAUAGCGAUGAUGGGACGAGGUUCAAAAGACCGUAUGGUGUGAGGGACAACAGAGUGCUGAGUGGGUUGAUGACGCUGAAGACAUUUACUGAUGGUGGUUAUGAUGUCGAGGAGCCGAAACUACUCGUAUGCGUCAAGAGUAUUGGCGCGCGGAAGAAGUGUGCGUGUUUCUUCUCUUUACGAUAUCCUCGAUUAUGGUUCACGACUAACUUGCCAAAAGACAUAAACCGCAACAGCACAACCUCGGAACUCAUAACACUCGGUAUCUUCGACGACACAUCCGACGGCCUCCUCACCCUAUACUCCUCCAUGUGCGACUCGGCCUCUAUGUUCGUCCCCUCAGAAACCGUCCUCCUCAUCUCGAACCCUGGAUGGCGCAUCGACAAGAUGGCCAAGCUCACAAUCAGCGGCAACUCACGUGUGGACAUCGACCCUGACAUGGGUGACGCGCGGCGCUUAAGAGCCCUAGCACAAAGAUUGACGAAGAAAGAGCAUGUCAACCCGCCGUUCCCAAUCGCCGACGAUGUAGUCGAGGGCUUCGAGAAUGCAGCCGUGAGAGCACUGUAUACACUUGCGGAUGUGGAUGAUGUCGCUCGCUCGCUGUCGAACAAAAGGUCCAAAGAAACCAUUGCUGGGUACCUUAGUGUCAUCAUCACGGAACUCAAUAUCGUCACGCCGUUCAAACGAAAUAUGCUCAUGAGUAAUGAGUGCUGUGGUAUACCCAUCUUCGCCAAUAGUACCCAGGUCAUUUGUAAGCAGUGUGAGAAGCUUGUCGGACUGAGAAUCAAUCCUAGGAUAGUGCGUCACUCCCUGUCCUCGUCUACUUCUGUUCCCACAAUCACUCAUUCGUCUUCUUCUCUGACUAACUCUCGACCCUCGCAGCUCGGUCCCCUUCUCGACGAAACCGGCCAGAUCAGCAGCGGUAAGCCUAUCCUCUCGGACGCCGCGUGGACCCAAUUGCUCGGUCGCUCGCCAGAGCAACUCGUCGAUACCCGUCUCGAUGUCCUUCGUUAUCUGGAGCAGCGCUUGCUGUUCCUGCGUAUCUCGAUGGGGUUUGCGCUGAAGCUUGAAGAUGAGAUUGGAAGGCUGGCUGUGUGGUGUGUUAAGAGCUGA